AUGGGCAUCAAGGAUUGGCUACUUUCAACCGAGCGAGGAGAGACCGUGGACAGAGCUCGAGAGAUGCUCUCGGAAGAAGAGGCUAUGCGCCGGUAUGAGGAGCUGGUGAAGGCCGGUUUCCUGGAUUCCAAACUGGCUCCUUCUGUCAGCACGUUUGCACGAGUGCGAUCGCUACUAUUGAUUUUCCUCGCAGUCGGCAUCGUUGCCGGUGUCAUCUAUGUGUCCUGGGUCGUCUACCUUGGUUUCAAGGCUACUGUCAAGGAGGGUCUCCAGCGUCACCACAUCAAGGUGUCCCGAGACGGAGCUCAGGUGGAAGUGAAGAAUGUGACCCAGGAACGAAUGAUUGAGAAGGCCACCAAAAAGGGUCUUAGGGCAUGGGAGCGAAGUGACGCAUGGAUGGCUUCCAGCGUAGCUGUCCAGCAUGCUAAUGAACGAGAAGCUGCACGAAAGCGAAACGCCUGA